CUCUCUCUCUCUCUCUACGCACAUUCAUGCAUUUUUGAAUGUUUUAGUAUUUUUGAACUGGACAUUUGUUUGCUUACUUGGGGUUUAGUUUGGUGGUGGUUGUUGUUGUUGUUUUUGUUUAUUUUUUAAUGGUGGAAAGAGUUUGAAGCGGUAAUGUUGCUAAAAUGUCAAUUAUGCUGGAACGUUCUCGGAAACUUUGUAAUCAAAUCACUGGAGUUUAAGUGUAUCUUUUUAACGUUGGUGAGCUAUGCGUGUGUGAUUGCUGAUUUAGUGUUCUGCUUUAAUGAAAUUAAGUUCCUGUUUUUCCUCCUCUUUGAUUAUUUACUGGAGAUAACUAGUAUUGUACAAGGCUGAGAGAUAGCAUAAUUUUGGGUCUUGGUUCGUGCCAUGGUUCCCCUUUUUAUGAGACUUAGAUCCCACAUUGAAAGAACUGGCUUUCGGCAUGCGAUUUAUAUAUAGUUUGGCUUUCUUACUUAAACAACUAGCUUUUGAGGUAUGACUCUCUCAAAAUCUAUAACAAUUCGAUUGAAUAACGUAACAAUUUUUUCAUUUUAUAGGCAAUUUGGACACCCUUUCUAAAGCUUGUGUCAUGUUCUUUGAGACUGACAUAUAUGCUUGUGUUUGAGCUCUAGCUUUGCAUGCUAAGGGGCUUAGCUUUAUUAGUUAGCCAUUCCGGAUGGAGAUUUGGCUGUGCUAAUGAAUCUUGAAUGAGCAGUGAUCAUUUCUUCACCUGGCUGACUUGCUAGAUAUAUCGUGUAGGAAAAAGAAACGAGAAGUGGUUUUUCCCAAUGAUAAUUGACCUAGGACUGCCAUCAGGCAAUGAUAGAAAAGACAAGGACAAUGAGCCAGAUGUUUACAUAUGUAUGAACGAUGCUAGAAUUGAAGGACAGAAUGGGGAUGGAACAACUUUUAGUGCUCCCAGUAUUUUUGUGCAUGAUAAAGAGCAAGUGGGACCUGAUGUGAUCUCGGGAUCAUCAAAUAGCAAACAAAAAGUGCCCAAUAGAGAUGAGCUGGCCAUUGAUUUUUAUACAUAUUUGGAACCACAUGAUGACAUGGAAUUUCAAUCCAAGGAGGAUGCGUUUUCAUUUUAUAAAGAAUAUGCAAAAUCUGUUGGAUUUUCCACCAUAACAAAGGCCAGUCGUCGAUCAAGAAUAUCUGGAAAAUUUAUUGAUGCAAAAUUUGUGUGUACCAGAUAUGGAAGCAAACAAGGACCUAGUUCAUCUGAAAAUUCAGAACCUAUGCCAAUUGCGGAUGUCACAAAAAGCAUCCCUGUGAAGAAAAAACGAGGUAGAACGAACAGGUCCUGGUUUAAAACAGAUUGCAAAGCUUGCAUGCAUGUCAAGCGAAGGCAGGAUGGAAGGUGGAUUGUUCAUAGUUUUGUACGGGAGCACAACCAUGAAGUUUUUUCAGAACAGGCUAAUUACCUUGAAAGUCAAAGGAAUAUGAAUUUUUACGAGAACAAUAUCAAUGCCACGCAUGGUAUCAGGGCAAAGACGAAAAAUCCGUAUAUGUCAAUUUCUAGAGAGUCUAGUGGGAUGAAGAAAACUGAGAAUCAAAAGAGCAGCAUUGCAAGCUCUGGUGGAUCACAUUUAGAUUUUGGAGAUGGAGAUGCACAAGUUAUGGUUGAAUUUUUGUUGCACAUGCAAGACAAGAAUCCCAACUUCUUCUAUGCAAUAGAUUUAAAUCAGGACCGACGUUUGAAAAAUGUGUUCUGGGUUGAUGCAAAAAGUAGGCUCGAUUAUGAAAGCUUUGGAGAUGUGGUGUUCUUUGACACUACGUAUAAAAAGAAUGAAUCUAAAUUGCCAUUUGUUCCUUUUAUUGGCAUGAACAAUCACUUUCAAUUGCUGUUACUUGGAUGUGGAUUACUUGGUGAUCAAACUAAAUCUACUUAUGGUUGGCUCAUACAAGCUUGGCUUAGAGCGAUGCACGGUCAAGCUCCAAAAGUGAUACUGACUGAUCAAGACCAAAAAUUGAAAGAAGCCAUAGCUGAAGUGCUUCCACAUUCUCGCCAUUGUUUUUGUUUGUGGCACAUAUUGAGUAAGAUUCAGGAAAAGCUUGCAUAUGUGAUGAGGCAGCAUGAAAACUUUAUGUCUGAAUUUAGUAAAUGCAUUUUAAAGUCACAAUCCGAAGAACAUUUUGAAUAUAGUUGGUGGAAAGUGGUGGACACAUUUGACUUAAAAAAAGACACUUGGAUUCAGUCAUUGUAUGAUGACCGCCUAAGAUGGGUUCCAACAUUUAUGAAAAAUAUAUUUUUGGCAGGAUUGUCUACAAAGCAACGUCUGGAAAGCAUAAGCUCUUUAGAUAAAUGCUUGCUGCGUAAAACUAGAUUGAAUGCAUUUUUACACCAGUACAAAACAAUGCUACUCGAGAAGUACGAAGAUGAAGCAAAAGCUGAUAUUGAGACAUGGAGUAAACCACCAGGACUGAUUUCUCCGUCACCUUAUGGGAAACAAAUGGCAACAAGGUACACUCAUGCUGUAUUUAAGAAAUUCCAGGUUGAGGUUUUGGGAGUAGUUGCUUGUCACCCUAAACUAGAAAGUGAAGAUGGUUUAACCGCAACAUUCAAGGUCCAAGACUUUGAAGAAAAUCAAGACUAUAGUGUGACAUGGAAUGAAAAGACGUCUGAUGUUUCUUGCACUUGCCACUUAUUUGAAUACAAUGGUUUCCUUUGUAGACAUGUGAUGAUUGUUCUGCAAAUUUCUGGUGUGCAUAGUAUCCCAGACAAGUAUAUUUUAAAACGCUGGACAAAGGAUGCAAAGAGUAGGGAAACGAUGAGACAACUAGAUUUAGGGGAUUCUAGGUUUCAACUCUACAAUGACAUAUGCCAGCGGGCGUUGAAACUGGGUGAUGAAGGGUCAAUAUCUCCAGAGAGCUACAAUAUUGCAUUUGUUGCGAUGGAGAAAGCUUUGUUAAAGUGCAAGAGCAUAAAUAAUUCAGUUCAAGGGCCCAGUUCUCCCUCAGAUCACAACCUUCAUGUCUUUGAAGAUGUGACCCAUGGUAACUGUAAAAGCAAGACUAAAAUAAAGAGCAACAUCUUCGGAAAAGGGAAGGUGCAUCCCGAGCAAGAGACACUAACCAAAGGGAUAAAUGAUGGCUGGGAUAAAAUGGGGUACUCAAACUUUCAAGCACCAGCCCUUGAUUGUUCUUAUGGAUUGCAAGAAAGCAUACCAGGGACGGGACAAUUAAACUCGAGGGUUUCAGCACCUGGAGGCCUUUGUGGUUCCAAAGAGAUUGUUCAUCGAGCAGAGCAGAUGAACACAUUUGCUUCAAGUAGCAACUAUUAUUAUAGCAACCAAAGAAGCAUUCAUGGGAUACUCCUUGUCUUCCUCAACAAAGAUUGCAUGGCCUGGGGCAAUUGCAUUUCAGACCCCAUCACAUUCAGAAUUGUUUUCUCACCCAGGAUAACUUGCAGAAGCAGCACUUUAAAAUCAUUGAAAGGUAGCGAUAUUCACUAUUUCUGCAUCUCCAUUGCUGUUCAUGGGAGGAGUAGCAUAUUUGAUCAUCUAGUCUUAAGGAGGACAGACAAUUUAGGGGGCAGCACUGGACAGGUGGAGACAAAUGAAGCAUAGCAUAAUAAAUUGAUUUGGCAUGGUAAGCUGGUGCACUCUCGGAGUCUGGAGAUUGGAAAUUUUUGCAUGUGUUGAUAUUCUGUGUGUCAUAGACGCUGGGGGAGGGGAUUGGCCUCUCUGCCAUAGGCCUUAUUUGUGAAGGCAGAAGUAUUUUGUAAAUGUAGUUUCUGCUGUAAAGUUGCCAAAGAACACACAGCUAAAUGUAGUCUUUAUGUGUCUCUUUAUCCUUUAGUACUACUACUAUGCCAUUUUCACUCGCCAUAUUGUAUAUAAGCCGCAGAAGAAAACGU